CCCGCUCUAAGUGUGGAGCAUGUGCUCACUCUUCGAGUACAACAUCCAACCUCCAAUGUCUCAUGGACAAAACAAUGUCGCGUUCCUCGAACAAAGGCGCAGCAGUGCCACCAACGAGUCGAGCACCCAAAAUUCGCAGGAACCCUCGAGCGUGCGAUGCGUGUAGCCGCAGGAGCGUGCGGUGCAAGCCCGCCGCCAACGGUCGGUCAUCGUGUCAGAACUGCCUCGACUUUGAUGAGCCUUGCACAUUUGAUCGACCCGUGCGUCGAAGAGGAAAGCCUCGCGGGACUCUGGCCGCAGUCUCGACUCCUCCUCGUUGGCACACGUCGCCGCCCUCCGUGGAGGAGGCGAUAUCUCGAUGGACGCCUCGACUCGAAAUCAGCCAGGCCCUAGUCAUGGACUUGACGGAAAUCUUCUUUGAAGUCGUCUAUCCCGUCUUCCCGCUGUUCCAUCGUGCUUCACUGCUACGACGGGUCUCGCGUGGCGAGCACCUGGUCAGUCGGUCUUUGUAUGCAUCCGUGGCCGCAAUGUGCGCCUUGUCCUCUGCCAGGGCCCGUGAUGGCGCGCUUCUACACUGCGCGUGGGACCUCGACGAGCUCCGAGCUCCCACUUCGGAACACUUCUUCGAGGCUGCAAUGGAUGCGAUUCCCGAGGACGUGGUAUCCAACCAGUCACUGGACUACAUGCGCGCAUGCGUGCUGCUGUCGAUCACUGCCAUACAAUAUGGCACUCCAUCCCUUAUGAGCUACCAUCUCUCCAGAUACCAUACCUACGUGGCCGUCGGGGCUCUACACGACGAGAUGAAUUGGCCGCCAGGGCUCUCCGUCAUCGAGACCGAAGAGCGACGACGACUGUUUUGGUCAGCCUACACGCUCGAUGUCUUCACAUCCGUUGUCUGGAAUGGAGUGAUCAAUAGUCGAGAAGCCUCUUCCAAUGUUGCCUACCCUACAGAGGACGACGAAGAGCAUUUGGAGCUUCCAGGACAUCAGACCGAGCAAGUCCACGUCGGUUGGCUACGGGGCUGGAACUAUGUCACCGACAUGUAUCGCAUCCUGGAGUACGCGGUGAGCGACCUGCAACGUUCUCGGACUACUGUGAUAAAGACGCCCACGAUCCCGGUCUUGCAAAGCUCUGCAUCACCUUCACAGCAUGUCGUGCUCGAUCGCAUUACAACAAUGUACCACGACCUCCCCGACAUCUUCAAGACCGCAGCAGAACCGACGCACGACCCACGCCGAGAUCUGUACAGCUUUCAGGCUGCCAACAUCGCCGCCACGAUCCAGCUCGUUCGCAUGGUCUACUUCAGCAGCGAUAUAUCGAGCCUUGAACAAAAGUGCCAAGUUGCCAGGGAGGUCCUCACCGCUUUCGCCAGCAUGCCCACGGCCUACUUGCGUGCAAUCAGUGCCCCGCUCUUCCACCAUCUUGCCGAGAUUGGACGAAUCUUCGGCGCUGCCUUUGGCUCGGGAAUGAGCGCUGCUCUCUAUCACUCGGUCCGCGCCGUUCUUCUCGAUCUGACUGCUUUUCUGGCAGACCUGGAGAAGAAGCUUUGCUUCCCCACGGAUGCAAGCAAAAAAGUCGAGUCACAAGUUGUGCGCAUCGACCGCUUCAUUCACGAGCAGCGUCAACUGCUCAACGAGCCUAGUAAACGUCCACUUCGGGUCGAUGGAAAUGACGCCUAUUCGAACUCUCUCGCUCUGCCUGGCAUGAACUUGGAGCACCAAUCGCCAGAAAUUAAUUUCCCGCCCGAGCUGUUCGAAGACUGGGACUGGGCCUUCACUUUCACGUGAGGCUGACGACUGUUCCGAUUGCAGGUGAUG